AUGUGCGCUCGGGUGGCGGGGCGCGCGGCAGCGGCCCCCGGGGUGUCCUGCGGCCCCUGGCUCUGCCUCCUGGUGGCCCUCGCCCUGGACGUCGUGAGAGUGGGCUGUGACCAGGACCCCCUGAACUCCGUCUACCUGCCAGCAGCCCUGGAGCUCCUGGAUGCCCCUGAGCACUUCCGCGUGCAGCAGGUGGGCCGCUACCCACCGGCCAACUCCUCUUUGGGCUCCCGAUCUGAGACCUUUCUGCUCCUGCAGCCCUGGCCUAGGGCCCAGCCGCUCCUCCGGGUCUCCUACCCACCCUUCGCCACUCAGCAGGUGGUCCCUCCCCGGGUCACUGAACCCCACCAGCAGCCAGUCCCGUGGGACGUGCGGGCCGUGUCGGUGGAAGCAGCCGUGACUCCAGCAGAGCCCCACGCCCGCGUCCUCUUCCAUCUCAAAGGGCAGGAUUGGCCGCCGGGGCCUGGCAGCCUGCCCUGUGCUCGGCUCCACGCCAGGCACCCUGCAGGCACUGCUCACAAAGCCUGCCACUUCCAGGUGAAUCCAACCCAUGGCUUGGUACCCACCUUGACACACUGGACUUAUGUCCUGUCCCCUAGGAUCAAGGUGAAGAAGGGGCUGCACGUGAUGGCCGCACGCCCAACCCAGCCCACACUCUGGACUGCCAAGCUGGACCGCUUCAAGAGUUCAAAGCACCACACCACUCUCAUCACCUGCCACCGUACUGGGUCCUCAGGGCCAGACUCCAGACCCCUUGAACUGUCCGAGUUCCUGUGGGUGGACUUUGCGGUGGAGAAUGGCACUGGUGGGGGCGUGGCAGUCACUCGCCCCGUCACUUGGCAGCUGGAGUACCCCGGCCAGGCCCCCGAGGCAGAGAAGGACAAAAUGGUAUGGGAGAUCCUGGUGUCGGAGCGGGACAUAAGAGCCCUUGUCCCACUGGCCAAGGCAGAGGAGCUGGUGAAUACUGCACCACUGACCGGAAUACCCCGGCGUGUCCCUGUGCGCCUUGUCACCGUGGACAGCGGGGGGGCCCUGGUGGAGGUGACGGAGCACAUCGGCUGUGAGUCUGCCAACACACAGGUCCUGCAGGUGUCUGAAACCUGUGAUGCUGUGUUCGUGGCUGGCAAGGAGAGCCGGGGUGCUCGGGGGGUUCGAGUAGACUUCUGGUGGCGCCGGCUACGGGCCUCACUGCGGCUGACGGUGUGGGCACCGCUGCUGCCCCUGCACAUUGAGCUGACCGAUACCACCCUGGAGCAGGUCCGCGGCUGGAGGGCCCCCGGCCCAACUGAGGGGGCCGCGGAACCCGAGUCUGCCGGUGGGGCGGAGGAAGCGGAACGGCGCGCCCGCGGCUGCCGCUUGCAGUACCAGCGCGCCGGUGUGCGCUUCCUCGCCCACUUCGCGGCGCACCCGCUGGAUGGCGGCCGCCGCCUCACCCACCUGCUUGGCCCUGACUGGUUGCUGGACGUGUCCCACCUUGUGGCGCCGCACGCCCGCGUGCAGGACCCGCGCAUAGCCUCCCUGGAGGGCGGCAGCGUCCUGGUGGGCCGGGAGCCGGGCGUCACCUCCAUCGAGGUGCGUUCCCCACUGUCUGACUCCAUCCUGGGGGAGCAGGCACUGGCUGUGACGGAUGACAAGGUCUCAGUACUGGAGCUGCGGGUGCAGCCAGUGAUGGGCAUCUCGCUGGCCCUGAGCUGGGGUGCUGCCCACCCCGGGGAGGUCACAGCCACGUGCUGGGCACAGUCAGCCCUCCCUGCCCCAAAGCAGGAGGUGGCCCUCUCCCUGUGGCUGUCCUUCUCAGACCACACCCAGGCCCCCGCUGAGCUCUAUGACCGCAGUGACCUGGGACUGUCUGUCUCGGCUGAGGAGCCCGGCGCUGUCCUGCCAACUGAGGAGCGGGGUGCCCAGCUUGGGGUGGUGGUGAGUGGGGCGGGUGCCGAGGGUCUGCCCCUCCAUGUGGCUCUGCACCCAGCUGAGCCCUGCCGCCGGGGCCGCCACCGAGUGCCCCUGGCCUCUGGCACUGCCUGGCUGGGGCUGCCCCCUGCCCCCACCCCAGCCCCUGCCCUCCCAUCCAGCCCUGCCCAGAGCCCACCGGCCACGGAGGCCAGCUUGGGUGGUGGACGGCGGGUGGCAGGCAGUGUGGGGGGCAGUGGGGGUGUGAGGGGCAAGUUUGAGCGGGCAGAGGAGGAGGCUGGGAAGGAGGAGGCCGAGGCCAGGGAAGAGGAAGAGGAGGAGGAGGAGAUGGUACCUGCCCCUCAGCGGGUCACCGAUCUGGAGCUGGGCAUGUAUGCCCUGCUGGGCAUCUUUUGUCUGGCCAUCCUUAUCUUCCUGGUCAAUGGUAUGGUCUUCGUGCUGCGCUACCAGCGCAAGGAGCCUCCUGACAGCGCCACCGACCCUGCCUCCCCUCAGCCCCACAACUGGGUCUGGCUGGGCACUGACCAGGAGGAACUGAGCCGCCAGCUGGACCGGCGGUCCCCUGGCCUGGCCAAGGGGGAGGGGGGCUGUCCCUGCGAGAGCGGGGGAGGAGAAGAGGCCCCAGCCCUGGCCCCCGGCCCCGCCGGGGACACCACCAGCUCUUCCAGCACUCUGGCCCGAAAGGAAGCCGGGGGGCGGCGGAAGCGUGUCGAGUUUGUGACAUUUGCGCCAGUCCCCCCAGCCCAGCUGCCUGAGGAGCCCACAGGGGCCCCUGCUGUGCAGUCCAUCUUGGUAGCAGGCGAGGAGGACAUCCGCUGGGUGUGUGAGGACAUGGGGCUGAAGGACCCAGAGGAGCUGCGCAACUAUAUGGAAAGGAUUCGCGGCAGCUCCUGACCCCACCCCCACUGCCUGGCCCAGCGUCAUUGUGGUUGAUGUAGGGCCAGCACCCGGGCAGCAGGCAGGGUCCCCCAAGCCUCCUGCCUGCCUCUCCUGCUCAUCCUCUGGUGCUUGUUGAUCCAAGUCCCCUGCCUGGUCCUCUCACAAGGACUACCACCUAGGCCCCCUGUGCCCUGCCCCUUGUCCUCGACCAUGGUCGUGAGGAAGGGCUCGCGCCCCUUAUUUAUGGGAAACAUUUCAUUCUUUGUUGGGUACAGAAUAAAGCGAGAAGGAAAUCA